AUGAAGCUAUUCCUGCCUAACGGCUUUGUGCUCGAUGAAUUCUCUCCGGAUUACUGCGACCCAGUUCAACGUGUUGGCUUGGAGGCCGAAGAAGGGUUUUACAAUUCUUUCGAGGAAAGCGGUACUAAGCAGAAUAAUGGCUUGAGCGUACUGAAGCAACUAAGCAAAUUUUACCGUGAAGGAGCAGUUAGAGCUUUUAUUAAGCGACAUUACCCUCGUGUAAAAUUUUCGGACAAAGCCAUUCGACUACUGAGACUCAAGCUUCCCCAAGCUGAAUCAAACUCCAGUGAGCUCGCUAGUCUACUGUCCGAAGCGUUCACCGCCCUUCUCCAAGGUGGAAGGCGCCGCAUCGAAGGCAGCCACGUCAGAGCAUGGCCAGGCUUACCGCGCGAGUCGAGUGACGCAGCCGAGCAAAAAGAGCCGACAUUCUCGAAUAAUGACACCGCCGACAGCGACCACAGCAACAGCGACGUUAUCUGGAUCCCACCGCCGCGCGUAGCCGAGGUGAAGUUGACGCCGCGUCAAGCUCUUGGGGAUGGCGAUAGCAGCAGUAGCGACGAAAAGACGGAGCCGACCGAGGCCUUGGCAGCUGGGAACUACUAUGCUCGCAGCAUCUCCAACUCCUACAUCAGGGAUGGGCGGCGCGUGUAUGUAGCUGACUGGGAAGCAACCGAGGAGCCUGCGGCCAACCUUCCUCCUAGAAUGGUCGCGGCCUUCAACCGCCGUCGCAGAGAUCAGGUUCGUCGAGCCUCCAUAGAAGACGAAGCUGGUCACACCCGCGAGCGCCGUCGCUCUUCCGCUGAAGCACCAAGUUCACGUCGUCGGCCACUUCGCCGUCUCCGCAGGAGCGCGUAUUCGUCAGCUAUUGGCUGGUGGUUUGUUUGGCGCUGA